AGUGGCGCAGCCCGGCUAGCUCCCGGAUCCCAGCACAGGGGCAGUGCGGGGAGGAGGAGAAGAGCCCGUGGCAUGGGCUAGCCCCCCCCUGUUCCGCAGCACCCACGCGUCCGGGCCCCGAGCGAGAGCAGCGUGCUCCUGUCUGCGGCUUCCCAGCCUGCCCGUCCCGGCGAUGAGCCUGUAAGCUUCACUAUGAGGCGGGGUGGAUGGAGGAAACGAGCCAGUAAUGACGAUGGCUGGGGGAUAUGGGGAGGAUACAUGUCUGCAAAGGUCCAGAAACUGGAGGAUCAGUUCCAGUCAGAUGCGGCUAUACAGCAACAGAAGGAUGGAACUUCAUCCAAUAUCUUUAGUGGAGUUGCCAUCUAUGUCAAUGGCUUUACAGAUCCUUCAGCUGAUGAAUUAAGGAGGUUAAUAAUGUUGCAUGGUGGCCAAUACCAUGUGUACUAUUCCAGAGCUAAAACAACGCACAUCAUUGCCACAAAUCUUCCAAAUGCCAAAAUAAAAGAACUGAAAGGGGAAAAGGUGGUUCGACCAGAAUGGAUCAUAGAAAGCAUAAAAGCCGGACAUCUCCUCUCAUACAUUCCAUAUCAGCUUUACACGAAGCAGUCAAGUGUUCAGAAAGGUCUCAACUUCAGUACCAUAUGCAAACCUGAAGAUCCGAUGCCAGGUCCUAGCAAUAUAGCUAAAGAGCUCAACAACAGGGUAAAUUGCGUAAUAAAAAAGUAUGAGACUGAAAAUGAGAUCAAAGCCAAUGGCAUCAGUAGCUGGAAUGAGGAAGAGAAAGAAGAAAGUGAAGAUUUAGGCUUUAUGGAGCUGGAGCAGGUCUUUCCUGGGAGGAAACAAAAUGGAAUUCAGCAUCACAGAGACAGCACUGCCAUUUUUAAUGGACAUACUCAUAAUUCUACCAGUGCCUUACAGACACAGGAUUGCGUGGUGCCCUAUGGCAAUAGAGUUGCAAGCAGGUUAUCUCCAGGCUCUGUGCCAGAGAAGGGGAAGACUGAAAAAGGCAUCAUUGACUUUAGAGACUGCACUAUGCAGCAGUUGCAGGAAAGCAACAAAAACACAGAUCUUUUAAAGAACCCACAUAGGACUAUGAGUAAUUCAUUCUCAUCUUCAUCUUUGCACAGUAAUACUAAAAUAAAUGGUGCUCACCACUCCACUGUUCAGGGGCCUUUAAGCACAAAAAGCACUUCUUCAGUACCUACUCAUAGCAAGGCCACUCCCUCGUCAUUGUCCAGACCUUUAGACUGCAGUUUUAUUUCUGACUUUUACUCUCGUUCAAGACUGCAUCACAUAUCUACAUGGAAGUGUGAAUUGACAGAAUUUGUCAAUACCCUGCAGAGAAAAAACAAUGGUGUCUUUCCGGGAAGGGAAAAGUUAAAAAAAUUGAAAGUGGGCAGGUCUGCACUUACGAUAGCUGACACAGGUAAUGUUUCUGUCUUAAGUUCAUCCAAGCAUCAGCGCUGUAUAAUGCACAUGGAUAUGGAUUGCUUCUUUGUAUCAGUGGGUAUUCGAAAUAGGCCUGAUCUCAAAGGUUGUAUUGCUCAGUGCCCCACACUCAGUGGAUACAUGUGGAAGAAACAGAGUGGAAUUCUUGCUGCCUUCUUUCCAGCACUUAGGACCAAGGAAAAGAAGAAAAUACUUUCCCCACUCUCAGCAGCCAAAGGAAAACCAGUGGCUGUUACAAGCAACAGAGGUGCUGGAAGGGCACCACUUCGCCCUGGUGCAAACCCACAGAUGGAAUGGCAAUAUUACCAGAAUAAGAUAUUGAAUGGCAAAGCAGUGAGGACAAUGUGUUCUGCAUUGCCCGGAAUUUCACAUGAAGUGACUCCAUCAGCUCAUGGGGGGAUCUGCUCUGCUACGCUGUGGAAAAGGUCGACGAGCCCAAUGAAGAUAGACAAGAUGACAACAACAUCUCAGGCCAGGGCACAGAAAGAAAAUAGAGUUCCUGAUAAACUGGACUCAUCAAUCGGGGAGAAUCCAGAUUCUGCACAGAUGAAUGGAGCUGACUUGGAUAUCUCUGGUUUGUCAAUGGCUGAAAUUGCAUCUUGUAGUUAUGAAGCCAGACAAGUUGGGGUAAAGAAUGGAAUGUUUUUUGGCCAAGCAAAACAGCUAUGUCCAAGUCUUCAAGCAGUUCCAUAUGACUUCCAUGCAUACAAAGAAGUUACACAGACAGUGUAUGAGACACUGGCCAGCUAUACUCAUAACAUCGAAGCAGUCAGUUGUGAUGAAGCACUAGUAGAUAUCACUGAAAUCCUUGCAGAGACCAGACUGACUCCUGAUGAAUUUGCGAGUGCUAUCCGCACCGAAAUCAAAGACCAGACUAAAUGUGCUGCCUCUGUUGGGAUGGGUUCCAAUAUUCUGCUGGCCAGAAUGGCAACCCGCAAAGCAAAACCAGAUGGACAGUAUCACUUAAAACCGGAGGAAGUGGAUGAUUUUAUUAGAGGUCAGCUAGUUAGCAAUCUUCCAGGAGUUGGUAGGUCAAUGGAAUCCAAGUUGGCAUCUUUGGGAAUUAAAACUUGUGGAGACUUACAAUAUCUUACUAUGUCAAAACUCCAGAAGGAAUUUGGUCCAAAAACAGGACAGAUGCUCUACAGAUUCUGUCGUGGCUUGGAUGAUAGACCUGUUCGAACAGAAAAGGAAAGAAAAUCUGUUUCAGCUGAGAUCAACUAUGGUAUAAGGUUUACUCAGCCUAAGGAAGCAGAAGCUUUCCUUCUGAGUCUUUCAGAAGAGAUCCAACAUAGACUUGAAGCUGCUGGGAUGAAGGGUAAACGAUUAACUCUUAAAAUAAUGGUCAGAAAGGCUGGGGCCCCUGUAGAACCUGCAAAAUUUGGAGGCCAUGGAAUCUGUGACAACAUUGCCAGAACUGUAACUCUUGACCAUGCAACAGAUAGUGCAAAAGUAAUCGGGAAAGAAACACUAAACAUGUUUCACACAAUGAAACUGAAUAUAUCAGAUAUGCGAGGGGUUGGAAUUCAGGUGCAUCAGUUAGUUCCCAUCAAUAAAACCACUUCAGCUGUUUCCUCUCGCUCAUCAGUACCAUCUGGACAUUUACCUGGGGGAUCACAUUCAGUUAUCGAUCUUCUACAUGUUCAAAAAACUAAGAAAUCUUCAGAAGAAGAACAUAAAGAAGUAUUUGUGGCUGCUAUGGAUCUCGAAAUAUCGUCUGCAUCAAGAACAUGCACUUUUCUGCCAUCUCUCACUACCCAUCUGACAUCUGGUCUCAAUCCCAUUACCAGCAAGGCUGAGUCUGCAGUCAAAUGGAAUGGUUUACACACUCCUAUCAGCGUAAAAUCAAGACUUAAUUUAAGUAUUGAGGUUCCUUCACCUUCCCAGUUAGAUCAAUCUGUCUUGGAAGCACUGCCAUCUGAUCUCAGAGAACAAGUAGAGCAAAUGUACGCAAUUCAACAGGGAGAGACUUAUGGUGAUAGCAAAAAAGAGCCCAUGAAUGGGUGUAACAAUGAGUUUCUGCCACAGCCAGUUGGAACAGUUCUCUUACAAAUACCAGACCUCCAAGAACCAAACAGUGAUGCAGGAAUUAAUGUAAUAGCCCUGCCAGCAUUCUCGCAGGUGGACCCAGAGGUUUUUGCUGCUCUACCUACUGAGCUGCAAGAGGAACUUAAAGAUGCAUAUGAUCAAAGGCAAAAGCAGUCAGAGAACAUCAUUUAUCAGCAACCGAUCAGCACCUUUGUAUCAAAGAAUCCUUUAUUACAGUUGAAGCAAGCAACCGUGAAAACUAAGAAAAAAAACAGGAAAAAAAAUCAAAUCAGUCCAGUGAAAAAGAUUCAAAGUCCUUUGAAAAACAAACUCUUGGAUAGCCCUGCAAAAAACAUGGUGGCUUCUUCCAGAAGCCCACAGAAGCUAAUAGAUGGUUUCUUAAAUCAGGAAGGUACAGCCACUGGUAAAUCUCAGGUGGAACCAGUUCCAUCAACCUCAAAUACUUCAGGCCCAUCAGCUGUGCAGACAGCACAGUCUGGCUCAAUUACAUCACGGGUACCAAAUCUAGCUGGAGCUGUUGAAUUCAGUGAUGUAAAGACCUUGCUCAAAGAAUGGAUUACAACUAUUUCAGAUCCCAUGGAGGAAGACAUUCUACAGGUUGUGAAGUAUUGUACUGAUCUGAUAGAAGAAAAGGAUUUGGAAAAGUUAGAUCUGGUUAUCAAGUACAUGAAAAGGUUAAUGCAGCAGUCUGUGGAAUCCGUUUGGAAUAUGGCAUUUGACUUCAUUCUUGACAAUGUUCAGGUGGUUUUACAACAAACUUAUGGAAGCACAUUAAAAGUUAUCUGAACUUAACUUGUAAUAAAGAGCUUGGUGGGAGCCUGGAGCUCUCUGCUAGCUGUGCCAUAAGUGCUUGUGAGGUAUUUGCAAAGUGCAUGAUAGUAAGGCUCUGAGUUUUUAUAAUUUUCAAUUUCUUUUUAAACAAAAAAGUGUUUUGUACAUUUCUUUUCAAAAAGUGCCAAAUUUGUCAGUAUUGCAUGUAAAUAAUUGUGUUAAAAUUCUUUUAUUGUAGUAUAGAAUCUAUUUGCAAAAUGUUUGUUUAUAAAGUUUUAUGGAUUUUUACAGUGAAGUGUUUACAGUUGUUUAAUAAAGAACUGUAUGUA